ACGUUUGUUAGCGCCAAACUUUAAACAACAAGGAGCUGUGUACGCUCGCUGCUGCAGCCUCUGCUUUAAUAAACGAUUUUAGAAGAAUCACCAGGAUCCGAAAAUGCCCACUAACCCAAAGAGACCCUGCCCAGAACCCAUGAAUGAAUCCCUGGAGAAGAGAAUAAAGCGCAUUUCAAUCGAGGGAAACAUUGCGGCGGGUAAAUCUACCUUUGUGCGCCUUUUGGAGCAGCAGAGCGCGGAGUGGGAGGUGGUACCGGAGCCAAUCGCCAGGUGGUGCAAUGUCCAAACAGCAGGAAGUGACUUUGAGGAGCUGAGCACGUCCCAGAGGAGUGGGGGAAACGUGCUGCAGAUGAUGUACAAGAAGCCAGAGAGGUGGGCCUACACCUUCCAGAGCUACGCCUGCAUCAGCCGGGUGCGUGCCCAGAUCAAAUCGGCCAAUGGGAAACUCCGAGAGGCUGAAAAUCCCGUGCAGUUCUUCGAGCGAUCCAUCUACAGCGACAGGUACAUCUUUGCGGCCAAUCUCUACGAGAGCGAAUGCAUGAAUGAGACUGAAUGGUCUGUCUAUCAGGACUGCCAUGGCUGGCUGCACAACCAGUUUGGCAAGCACAUCGAGCUGGAUGGAAUCAUUUACCUCCGAGCUUCACCAGAGAAAUGUUUAGAGAGAUUACACUUGAGAGGCAGAUCGGAGGAGCAAGACAUCCCUCUGGAGUAUCUCGAGAAGCUCCACUUUAAACAUGAGAGCUGGCUCCAGCACAAGACCAUGACCAUGGAGUUUGAGUACCUCAACAACGUUCCUGUCCUGACAAUGGAUGUAGAUGACGAUUUUAAAGGGAAUAACGUGAGGAGUUCUGUGAUGAUUGAGAAGGUGAAGGAGUUCUUGAGCACAUUACUCUUUUUGAGAGCGCAGCAGCCGGAGGAGGUGAAGAUCUGCCAACAUUGUGGCGUUAACGCACUUGGACACACGAACCGAUCGGAUUCAAGGAAGGAAUUUGUCACCAUGAGUGCCGACAAGAGCAAAAUGGAGGAUGAAGCUAUUGUGGACAGAGGAGCAUCUUUUGUCAAGCACGUCUGUGAUGAGGAAGAAGUAGAAGGUCACCACACCGUGUACAUUGGUGUGAACGUUCCUAAGAGCUACCACCGGAGGAGGCGCCACAGGCGCAAGUCCAGCCACAAAGACAAGCGGGAACGGGUCGAACAGAGUACAGAGGGAUACAAAUCCGACGGGGAGGUCACCGAUGAUUCCAGCGUAAACAUCCUCAAACCCCUCGUUUCCCCUGCUGAGAGGAUUAGAUUUAUCCUGGGUGAGGAGGAUGACGGCCCCCCACCUCCCCAGCUCUUCACCGAGUUGGAUGAACUUCUCUCAGUGGAUGGUCAGGAGAUGGAGUGGAAGGAAACGGCCAGAUGGAUCAAAUUUGAGGAGAAAGUGGAGAAGGGUGGAGAGCGUUGGAGCAAGCCUCAUGUCGCCACGCUGUCCUUACACAGCCUGAUGGAGCUCAAAAUGUGCAUCGAGAAGGGGACAAUCCUGCUGGACAUGGAGGCCUCCUCUCUGCCACAGGUGGUCGAAAUGAUCACUGAUAACCAGAUUGAGACUGGUCAGUUGAAGGCGGAGCUGAAGGAGAAGGUCAUGUACACUCUGCUACGAAAGCAUCGCCACCAGACCAAGAAGUCCAACUUGCGAUCUCUAGCAGAUAUUGGCAAGAGUGUUUCUAGUGCAAGUCGACUGUUUUCAAACCAGGAGAAUGCCCGCCAAACCCUCGAGCAGCCAGUGCCUUUUUUAAGUCAAGAGUCGAUGGAAUCAUGUGAGGUCAUGAGGAGCUCCAGCAUGGGAUACCUCUGUAGUCCAACUACCACCCAUAGGAACCUCACCUCCAACAGCCUGAGUGAUUUCUCUGACAAACCAGAGAAGGAUCAGCUAAAGAACAAGUUCAUGAAGAAGUUGCCCCGUGAUGCUGAGGCCUCAAAUGUGCUCGUUGGAGAGGUGGAUUUCCUGGAAACUCCCUUCAUUGCGUUUGUUCGUCUGCAGCAGGCUGUCAUGCUGGGGGCACUCACAGAAGUCCCUGUGCCCACAAGAUUUCUCUUUGUCCUAUUGGGCCCUAAAGGAAAAGUAAAGUCUUAUCGUGAGAUUGGAAGAGCCAUAGCUACACUGAUGUCAGAUGAGGUAUUCCAUGACAUCGCUUAUAAAGCAAAGGACAGGCGGGACUUGCUUGCUGGUAUCGAGGAGUUCCUGGAUGAGGUGAUCGUUUUGCCUCCCGGGGAAUGGGAUCCUGACAUCAGAAUAGAGCCACCCAAGUCUCUGCCCUCCUCAGAUAAGAGGAAGAACAUGUAUUCUGGAUUAGACCCACCUCAGAUGAAUGGAGAUACUCCCAAAGAUUCAGGACAUGGAGGAGGAGGAGGAGGAGGUGGGGGACACGAAGUUGGAGAGGAGCUCCAGUGCACCAGAAGGUUUUGCGGAGGCCUCGUCCUGGAUAUCAAAAGGAAGCUUCCAUUUUUUGCCAGUGACUUCUAUGACGCACUCCAUAUCCAGUCCCUUUCUGCCAUCUUGUUCAUCUAUCUGGGUACCGUCACCAAUGCGAUCACAUUUGGAGGUCUACUCGGAGAUGCAACGGAAAACGCGCAGGGAGUGUUGGAGAGUUUCCUCGGCACGGCACUGACAGGAGCAGUGUUCUGCCUGCUGGCGGGUCAGCCCCUGACUAUUCUCAGUAGCACUGGCCCAGUGCUUGUAUUUGAGAGGCUGCUCUUCACUUUCAGCAAAGAUAAUGGCUUUGACUACCUGGAGUUCCGGCUGUGGAUCGGACUGUGGUCGGCUUUAUUUUGUCUGGUGCUGGUCGCCACAGACGCCAGCUUCCUGGUGCAGUAUUUCACACGCUUCACAGAGGAGGGCUUCUCGGCGCUCAUCAGUUUCAUCUUCAUCUACGACGCCUUCAAAAAGAUGAUAAAGCUGGCCAAACACAACCCGAUCAACACCCAAUUUGAUGGCAAUCUGAUUACUCAGUAUGACUGCCAUUGCAGUUUCGGCAACUUGACAGAACCUGAUAUUUCUGCCUGGACAAACAGUACUGAUCUGCCAGAGAAUUUCACGGGGACGUCGCUCACAAGAGAUCAGUGUGUAAAGUUUGGAGGAAUUCUGAUGGGAGACGCCUGUGAAUACGUGCCUGACAUCACCCUGAUGUCCUUCAUCUUAUUCUUUGGAACCUACGCCUGUUCCAUGGGUCUGAAGAAGUUCAAGACGAGCCGAUUCUUCCCCACAACAGUGAGGAAGCUCAUCAGCGACUUUGCAAUCAUCUUGACCAUUUUUCUCUUCUGUGGCGUGGAUGCCUUUGUUGGUGUGAACACUCCAAAGCUCAUUGUGCCUAGUGAAUUCAAGCCCACAAGUCCAAAGAGGGGCUGGUUUAUUCCUCCUUUCGGAGGAAACCCCUGGUGGGUGUACCUGGCAGCUGCAGUCCCGGCCCUUCUGGUUACUAUUCUGAUAUUUAUGGACCAGCAGAUCACUGCCGUGAUCGUCAACAGGAAAGAGCACAAACUCAAGAAAGGGGCGGGGUAUCACUUGGACUUGUUCUGGGUGGCCGUCCUGAUGAUUAUCUGCUCUUUCAUGGGGCUGCCAUGGUAUGUGGCUGCCACCGUCAUAUCCAUCGCCCAUAUCGAUUCUCUAAAAAUGGAGACAAAGACAUCAGCGCCUGGAGAGCAGCCCAAAUUUCUAGGUGUCAGGGAACAAAGAGUCACGGGUAUCUUUGUGUUCCUCCUGACGGGACUCUCUGUCUUCAUGGCUCCCAUCCUCAAGUUUAUACCUAUGCCUGUGCUAUACGGUGUAUUCCUCUAUAUGGGUGUGGCAUCCCUCAAUGGUGUCCAGUUCAUGGAUCGCCUGCAGCUGCUCCUCAUGCCUGCCAAGCACCAGCCGGACCUGAUCUACCUGCGGCACGUCCCCCAGAGACGGAUCCACCUCUUCACCUUCAUCCAGGCUUUGUGUUUGGCCCUCCUCUGGAUUCUCAAGUCGACCGUGGCUGCCAUCAUUUUCCCCGUCAUGAUUUUGGCGUUGGUUGCAGUCCGAAAGGCCAUGGAUUACUUGUUCUCCCAGCAUGACCUCAGCUACUUGGACGACGUCAUUCCAGAGAAAGAUAAGAAGAAGAAAGAGGAUGAGAAGAAAAAGAAAAAUAAGAAGAAGGGGAGCAUUGACAGUGAAAUGGACUUUUCUGACUACCCUUACCAUGAAAAUGUCCCCACUAUAAAAAUCUCAAUGGAUAUGAUGGAACAGGAGCCCAUGUUGGGGGAUAAAUCUUUGGAUAGAACUCCAUCGCAGACUUUCCUUGACCCCCAUUCACCGUGCUGAGCACUACUUUGAGUCUUCUACUUUGUAAUCUCAACAGCGGUUCAUACACACAUGGUUCAUCUCAGAUUUGAAUAGACCAGGAAGCUAAUAGUUUCCUUUGGAUGAAGGGCUCCAGAACUGAACUGUGAAAAAAAAAGUUACAUCACAACACUACAAAUAUAGCCAUCCUCUUAUUGUCUACCACAGUGCCGCUACUUAAUGGUAUUUUCAAUAUUAUCCACAUGGUGAUUGAAAUCCAAAUAGCUGGAUGUGAGUGUCUAUAAACAUUGGUACUAAAUUCUAAUGAGGGCAUAUGGAUGAUCUGUUUGGCCAUUCUCCAUUUGUGAGGUGUCUCACAGAAAAAAGGCCAUUUGUGUGCAGUUUUGAUCAGACAUCAGUAUCUCAGUAAAGUAUGUGUUCAAUGGUUGAUCAGCCAUCAAUCAAAAGCUGUGCAAUCAUCAUAGGUCCAUGAUGAAGAAGUUUGUAGAAAAAUGGAUAGCGUUGUAUUUACAAUACAAUUAAUUUCACCUUGUAUAUAUUAGAUGGUUUUCAAGGUUUUUAAUCUUUUUUUAAUUUAUAAAUGACAUCGUAUAUAACACAUUUUUACUCUUACUAUUGUUUUUGGUAGUUACUUCGGAAGAGUUUAAGUCACAACUGCUGGAAACUUGAGAUAAAACUUUAGUGGCGGUACUUCAGUUAGAUGUAUGCACAGGGAAUUCCAAAGUCGUCCUCUGCGAUCCCUGAACAGAAGACUGACAUAACACAUCUAUGCACGGCUAAAUUAGUUCUUCACACUGUAUGGGCAUAUUAUUAUUUAUCAGCUAUUCACCAUUGGCAUAUAAACAGCACAAACUGGAAUUUCUAUUUUUUUAUUCCUUAUCUUUCCUUUCCUUUGUUCGAUAUUUAUUAUUUCUAAACUCACAGUAAAAUACAUAUGGCUUUAACAUCACCACUAAUGGAAAUUUGAAACAAAUUCUUUCUGUGGUCUAUAUCCCCUGUUUUAGGGAAUUUUAGAUGUAUACCAUUUAUGUAGGUCUACCUCUUAUCUUCUGUAGGUGCCAGACUUGAUAUCAUUUAUACAAUAUUGUGCAAUCAUCUAAGAUCAAACACUGAUUUUUCACUUUUUUUUAAACUUCUCUAAACUCGUCCUUUCACUUUUGUUUUGUUUUUUAUGACACUUAAAAUAUUGUAUUUUUGUGAAUAUUGAAACAAGUAAGAGCAUUUGUUUGACCAGAAGUUAAUGCUUUUGUUUUCCAUUCAACAACUUAACAUGGCAUUCUUUAAUCUGUCAAAUAUAUUAUUUUUUGAUGUUUUAAAUUUUAAAGUUGGGACGAAAAGUUUUUAAUGUGACUCUCUUAACAGACAAACAAUUAAAUCUUUUAAGCAUGUUUAAGAUUAAUUGUAUCUAAGAAUUUGUGUUUUUCCAGCAUCUGGCAAUUUGAAGUGGAAGCUUGAAGUACUUCUCCUUAUAAAAUUCUGUAACUUUAUAUAUUUUCAAUCAAGCAAAUCCAAUAUCACCGUUAAAGAUUUUCUGUGUUUUAAAAUGUGAAAGGUAAAUGGUCUGUGGACAUAUUUAUAAUGCACUAAUGACAACACAGUAUACCCAUUCCAUUUGGCAGUGAAGUAAAAAAUCUUUAAUUUGAAACAUCAGAGAAAUGAGUAGAUCAAUUCUAUAAAUGUCAUAUCUUUUAACAAAUGUGUAAUACCGCUGUCUUUUUAAAUGCCUUGACAACAAGGAGAUGCACCAUCAGUCUUCUUUCUGUAUUGUCAUACACAGGGCUUUGAUCCAUGCGUCACACUUGUCAAAAUGUGAGGCAGAAGACUGUUAAAGACACUCAUGUUGUCUUCCACUUUCUGUGGAAUGUGUAGAACCUUUAUAGCUCUUUCUGUUCAGAUAAUUGUUAUACUUUUGCUGAAAUGCUGAAACCAAUUUUAUACACUCGUCUUAUGGGUUUAAAUGACCACAGGUUAUUCUGAAGGAACAAAGUGUCAGUGUUGUUCUAUAAAGUAGUAUUUUAAGUGACGACAAUAAAGAGUCCAAGUGAUUUUUCUAAAGAUGUUUUGU